GGUGACACCGAGCAGUGAGGACCAUCCAGACAACCAGCUUACAAAUGAAAAACACACAGAUGAAAAGCCUAUGAAAGGUAUUGUUAUGAGUUCUGUCGCAGAAUUCAGCAUCACAGACGCUUCAUCAAAGGGCACCAAAAAUGAGAAGAAAUUGUCAGAUGCGAGCAGAUCAUCCAUUGCUUCCCUGGAGAAAUGCAGAGAAUUCUCUUACAUUGAAGAUGACGCAUCAGUACAUCAGAGGGACAGUGACGAUGAAUGUGCAACUCUUAUCCUGGCCUGCUUGUUCUGCCAAUUUUGGGACUUUCUUGUAAUGCUGCCUGAUACCUGUGAACAUUGGCUGACAGAUACCUGUUGUCCAUCCAAUAGAUAUUACCAGACCUCUGACGAAGACCAUGGCAACAACGACUGCAACUGUGACUGUGACAUUGAUUGCAGCCUUUUAGAGUCCUGCCAUGAGACUGGGGAAUGCCUGGAACUUGCCAUGGAAAUUUCUGAAGUCUGCUAUCGCUAAGAGGAAAACAAUUGAAAAAAUUCCUCAAAACUACCUGAAAGUGAACUGACAGAUUACAAAGGAGAUUUUUUUUUUUUAAGAUAUUAAUAAUAACCAGAGAUUUUGCCAAUGAGGACUGUGAGCAUCUUUCUGCUCCCUCCCUGGAGGUCUGUAUAUCUGUACCAUUCUGGUUGUGUGAUUUCACAAACUGCUGAAGCCAAUAAAGGACAAAAAAGGGUCUUCUCCUUUGCCAUAGAUGACAACAGAAUUCCUAAGUGCCAAGUGUGCCACAUGCUUUACCCACUGUCAAUCCAAGGCUUUUAUAAACCUGUAAUUCCUUUAAUCACAGGUUUCCCCAUUCAUAAACACAGGACAAAUUAGGACAUU